CGCUCCGCUCUUCACGAGUACAUCCGCCACCUGAUCUUCGAGGUGCUCAGUGAGGCCACCAUUCCCCUGGUCCUCCGGAAGCUGCUCAAGCUGCCGUGGGCGCUGUAUGAGAAGUACGUGGUCAAGUGCCUGCUCAAGGUGGGGAUCUGCCGGUUCUCCAACAUCCCUCUGGUGUCCUGUUUGGCGGCGGGUCUGGCCCAGUACCACGACAGCUGCGGAGUGGCGCUGGUGGACUGUGUGCUGGAGGAUGUGCGGUGCGGGCUGGAGAACCCGGGGGCGGGAAUGUACCAGAAGCGCAUGGCGGAUGUACGGCUGCUGGGGGAGCUGUACAACUACAUGCUGUGCAACUCCACCCCCGUGUUCGAGACGCUGUACCUGCUGGUCACCUUCGGACACGAAUCCCCCGAACUGGCGGAGCGACUUGACCCACCUGACGACUUCUUCCGCGUGCGACUGGUUUGCGCGCUGCUGGACGCGUGUGGGCAGUACUUCGGGGAGGGAGCCGCGCGCUCCCGACUGGACCGGUUCCUUACCUUCUUUCAGGCCUACAUUUUGUCCAAGGCGGCUCUACCUCUGGAUGUGGAGUUUGAUCUGCAGGACGUACUGCACGCGCUGCGGCCCUCACUAAAGCGGUACGACACGUACGACGAGGCCCUAGCUGCCGUACAGGACAUCAUCGCGCGUGAGGUGGCGCAAUUUGGCGCGCCACUUGGAACCAUCGGCGAGGAGGAGGAGGAGGAGGAUGAGCGGAGAGGUGCGCGGUCUCGCCAUUGCGGUUCUCUUAGUGUGGGUACUACCGGCCUGGUCAUUCUCUAG